UUGUACUUUUGACUAGUUUUCGGUUCCGCAUUGCGAGCGUUUUAUUACCCUCUCCACAAGCCGGCAAAAGUGGGCAAAUUAAAGCUAUGCAGCUGUAGUGGAAUUUAGUUAACGCAGAUAUUUCGAGACAUAACGACCGUAGAACGCGACGGCUGAACGCGCUUCGAACGAGAACAAAAAAAAAAUUUUUUUAAACUAAAACUUUAUAAGAAUAUUUAAGAAAAUAUUGCAAAUCGCGGCGACACUGAUCUCAAAUUGUAGAAGAGAAUGCUAUAAAAAAAUCGAAAACGUGCGAAAGCAAUUACAUUUGAAAAAGUUAACGGUAAAAGAAUACUAAGACUUUGCGAAUUUCAUAAAAAGCGCUUGUGAUAAAAAAAUACUUCAACUAAGAAACGUUUCCUUAUUUGAAAAACGAAAAAGACUACGCAUAAAUACAAAACAUCAACACAAUACAUAUCAAUCAACUGCAGCAAUAGCCAUGGAUUUCGAUUACCACGAAUACCUCGCAUAUCUGGAGACCUUCUGUGUCUACUUCCCCUACCUCCUCUACACAUUCGUCUUCCUUACACUCAUACCCAAAUCCCUGUGCCGCAUUAAGACCUUCGCCGAUGCCGACUACGAGGCCAAUCGUCACAAAUACCAUCGCUGCUAUGCGCCGGACAUUUGCUGUCACACACUGGGCGAGCCCAUGCCCAAGCCUAAGCCACGCAAGGCCGUUACACGCGUCUACCCGAAGCGGCACAGCACAGCGGGCACCACAGAAACGCACUACGCCAAACGGCAGGAUACGCACGCCAAUCAUAUCAAGCGACAGGUAGAACCUGCCUCCAUACAAACCAACACACAUGUCAAUCAAAUUGCAAAAUUGUUCGAGAACGUGCCCACAGUAACCGUAGCACCAGUGUUGUUGGGCAAGAAAAUCAACCGCGUCACACCGACCAUACAGUGUCAGGAUGCAGACGAUACGCCAACUGCAGCGGUUACACCGCCAAAGUCCGCGCUUAACGCCUCGCGCCUCUCUCAGCUCCUUUCGCAGGAGCAGCUGGAGAGUUCGCUGAGUUUGCUGCAACAAGCAAACGCCGAUGAAGAUCACAACACGUGGAGUACGCGCCACGAAUCACCGCCACAACGACGUGCGCGACGCGAGGCGCCCAAUUCGCUGGCAUACGGCGCCGGCACUUCCACUACGCCAUCAACAGCGUCGCCAGCUGCCUCCUCAUCACGCUCCGAAUCACCGGCGCCACUAUCGUCAUCACCACUCGCCUCGCCGGUACUCUUCCGGCCACAGUUGAGUAUGAAAUCCAGUUUGGAGGAUAUUUUCGCGGCGAUUGCACGCAAUGCAGAGAAGAGCGAGAAUUUCAUUUAUGCCGGCUGCAAAUCACUGUCGCCAGUCACCUCCAUCGAUGAUAUACUAUCACAGCGUCGCCUGUCACGCCCACUCUCCGCAUACUCGAUCAGUGAUCUGUUGAACGAGGAAAGCACGACGGCGGCGUUAGAUGAAGCGCGCGUGGAGAAUUUCCUCACUGCGCUUAACACAACAUGAGGAGGCCGGUGGGGGGUGGAAUCGCCUGACAGUAUACUUGGAUGGUUUGGCUACGGCUGUGAAGUAGUUUGCACUGCACACUUUGGCGUUUAGUUGUUAUAUGAAUUAAUGUAUGUAUGUGUGAGGAUAUGUAGCGUUGUGUGUGUAAGUAGUUAAAUUGUUAGUCCUAAGAAAUGUAGCGUUGUGGAAGUUGACAGCUGGCGGUUAGUAGUCGUAAUGAAAUGUCAAAGUGCCAUGCAAAAAGCGCCUCACACACAACAGCGUUCGCUGCAUAUUUCCCGCAAUUGCACAGCCAGUGCGCCACGGCGCAGUUCGCUGGCAACCAGCUGCAGCUGCAGCUGUUCCAUCGAUGAGUCACACCAGUCAGCCGAAUGUCAGUCAAAAGUCAGCGAACUGAGCUUGCGAAAUUUAAAUAUUUUCCAUUUUUUUUCUUGUCUAAGAAAUGACGGUGUUUGUUUACAGCGAAAUUUGUUUCGUAUUUUUAAAAGCAGGGAACUCCAUGCAAAACUGUGAAUAUCCGAUUAAGUUUUUUUAUGACUUUAUUAUUGUGUAACUUUUUGUAUAUAAAAAUAAUUUGUAAUUAAUAUUUCUUGUAUUUGUGAAAAAAGCAUACAUACACAU